AUGAGCAAGGAAAAAGAACAAACAGUUGGAAAUAGCACCCGUGAAACUAAACCGAUUCGACCAACUACACUCAAUUCGAGUAGAAGUGACAGGAAUCAUGCUGCCUUUGAAACCAUAGAAAUUAUUGAUUUAUGUACACCGACUAUGGACAUCGACGAUCGAUCCAUUGUACCAAUGACUUUACCAAAUAGACCCAACUUGACAACAUUGACAGAACGAUUUCCAAAUCUUCAUCGUCGAUUACCUAUUUUACCAUGCUAUCCAACAAAAGAUAAUCAACUCAAUGAUGGUGAUCCAUUGUUACCAAACAUAGCACCUCAUCAAUUAACUCAAACGGAAUUAAUUCGUCGACGUACUGGUGGUUUUAAACCUGCUUGUCAUAUUAUCGAUAAUGAUCCAACCACAGCCUCAUUUUUACGUGAUAAAUAUCAUAUGUAUUUUGGUGAUUUACUCGAACGUUUGAAAGUUGAUCUCUCUAUUUUGGAUUAUAAUUACACACGACUCAAUCAAUUCAUGAGAAUGUUAGCUUAUGAACAGAUGCGUGUCUUUAAUAUUCAAGCACAAGAAAUCCAACGAAUCAAUGAAAAAGAAUAUCCAAUUGCUUUGGAAUUCUUUUUAAAAUUUGAUGUAAAUCUGUUCUAUAUGAAAACAUGUUCAUUUCGUCAUGCUCGACCACGUACAUUAAAUGAAGGUCUUUUCUGUGUACAAGAACCAGAAGCUCGAUAUGAAUUAGCUGCCUGUGGUAAUUGUGGGUUAUGUUAUCCGCAAUAUGAUAUGAGAUAUAGAUCGAAAAAAUCCAUUGUUGAAUUUGCUCAAGCUCAUACACAUACCUUUGUGAAUGGCUAUCAAGCCAUCUUAAAUUGUUCAGCGACAUGUCACACACGCAAUAUUAUCUAUGUAUUGACAUGCCCCUGUGGAAAAUAUGAUUAUGUUGGUGCAACCAUGUAUAGUUUACAAGAUCGAUUAAUGAAACAUCGUGAACAUGGCAAUCGGAUCAUCCAUGAAUUUUUAAUUGGGCAAAAAAAUGUUUUACGUGACUUACCGCGUGGAAAAACAAAGGAAGUUAUAGCGAAAGAUCGCAUGAAACUUUAUCAACAUUCGGCACGAUGUCCGGUAGCGAUGCAAAUCUUUUUGGAUGCUAAUCCACAAUAUUGGCGAUUUGUCCCGAUGACCUUAGAAGAAUCACAGCGACCUGAACAACAAUCGAUUGAACAACCUGUAAUUUCGGACGAACCCAACUGGACUUUACGAUCCAAAGGCGAUUGUCGAGUUUGUGUGGAAGCAGUUCCAAAGCCAUUGAAUGGAUAUACCUUCUCGAAUCGACAAAUCAUGUUACAAACACAAUAUUUUCAUAAGCUUCGAGAUAAGACUUUGCCAAAUCAAGAUAUUGAUUUAUACAAUGCGUCGAUCGUCGCUGUUUUACCAGAAUCAUGUUCAGAUAUGUUUCGUUUUACCAUUGAAUCCUUAUUCAUUACGUAUGCCGAUGCGAAACUCAAUUCUAUUGGGAAUGUUUUGAAUGAGAAUCAAAAUGAUGAUCACUAUCCGAUGAAUGAUCCUUGGUUCGUACGCAAUAGUGAAUGGUGUCAAGGUUUAUUACGUCGACCUGAACCAAAAAUUACAAUAUCAACCUAA